AUGGCUGUUCUCCCAUCCCCUGUCUCUACCCCCCGGAAGGAACACAAAGAGUCCCGUUCUCCCCCCCCCCCAGGGCCGGAGAGGUCAUCCCAGUCCACAUUUUGCAGCAUGGGUGUGCCUCCCGACCCAAACUCAAGCGACAAUCCUGAUCGACUGGCUGAGUGGGGUGAUACCAUGAAGGCUGCUGCACACUGCAACAAACAGAUUAAAAUGGCCGACGCCACGUGGACGCCCGACGACACAGAAGACAAGCAGGGAUAUGCAGCUAUCUUCCAAGAUUUCUGGCACAAAUUGGAGGAAAAGAUGCACCAUCCAGCCCAGACCCACACAGUUGCCAACGGGCCACACAAACGACUGCCUGACUCGCGACAAUUAAACGCAGAGCCUGCACUAAACGGUGCCCCAAUGUGGCGGCAGUCCAAAACACGCCAGAAAAGAGUAGCGAGAGGGAGGGACACGCCGCAACUCUGA